AUGGCGCUACAGGAUACCAAGCAAGAUCUCACCCUUGCCGAUAUCGACCACGUCGAAGGCAAAGACCUGGGCACGGUCGAACACGACGAGUUUGUCGGUCAAUUCGCCGAACAAGAAGCGCACGAAGAGACGCCUUGGCAAGCGCUCAAGAGUCACCCUUGGUCCUCGGUCUGGGUCGUUUACGGGAUCGGUAUCAUCAUCGCCUGCUCGUUCGACAACAAUGCCGGUGGAAAUGUCAUCUCCAUCCCAAGGUUCCGUCAAGACUAUGGGUCGCCCUUUGAUGGCAAUUAUGUGCUUCCCGCGCAGUGGCAAUCGGCUUAUUCGGGUGGACCCGCUGCGUCCUCCGUAUUUGGAACGUUUGGAGGCAGCUACAUCAGCGACAAGAUCGGGAGGAAAUGGACCAUGGCCAUCUGUUACGUGCUCUUGUUCGCUGGAAUCACGGUCGAGGUCAUCUCCCACAACCAAUCCAACCCGAACGCCGUGUUCUUCGCCGGGAAACUGAUCAAUGGGUUCGCCAUCGGAGGUUUGCUAGCCACAGCGCUGACCUAUAUCGGGGAGAUCGCGCCCUUGGCUCUCCGAGGCAUCUUGCUUGCCCUUUCUGCCAUCGCGUUCACAGUCGGUGGGAUCAUCAUCACCUUGAUCAUCAACUCGUUCGGGACCCUAGACAGUGAGUGGGCGUACAAGUCGUGUUUCGUAGCACAGUACGGGGUCACAGGGAUCGUCGCUGCCUUCUGGAUCUUCAUGCCCGAAUCCCCUACUUGGCUCUUGUCCCGAGGUCGGGACCAGCACGCUGCUCAAGCGUUGAAGCGCAUGGGACAUAGUCAGGUUCAAGGAGAAAAGGCUAUCGCCACCAUCAAGCUCACCUUGGAACGAGCUCGUGCCGAGACCGCGGGCGUGACGUACCUCGAUUGCUUCAAGAAAUCGAACUUGCGCCGAACCAUCAUCGCUUCGAUGCCGCUCUCGAUCCAGGCAUUCUGCGGAGUCUUUUGGGUUGCCGGAUUCAGCACUUACUAUAUGCAGCUCGCUGGGUACUCCACGGCCAUGUCGUUCAAGUUGGGCAUCGUUCAACAGGUCAUCAGCAUGGUUGGGAACCUUUGCGCCUGUGUCCUGAUCGAACGAGUCGGACGUCGAGCUCUCACCCUCUGGGGCAUCGUCGCCCUUACCAUUCUGCUCAUGGUCACUGGAGGUCUAGCAUGCGUCGGUACCCCGUCUGCCAACAAGGGUACGGUCGCCUUGAUCCUCUUCUACUGUUGGCUCUACAACGUCACCAUUGGCGCAACGGCCUACGUGGCUCUGGCCGAGAUCGGGACUUCGAGGCUGAGAGCCAAGACGGCUUCGAUCGCGAUCGGUGUCCAAGGGUGUUUCUCCUGCAUGUGGAACUUUGUCUUGCCCUACCUGUUCAACCCGGAUCAAGCCAACCUGGGAGCCAAGACGGCGUUCAUCUUUGGCGGGUUCUCCAUCUUCUGCUGCGUCUAUCUCUAUUUCUAUCACCCCGAGACCAAAGGCCGCAGUUACCAAGAGCUGGACGAGCUCUUUGCAAAGGGCGUUCCGGCGAGGCAGUUUGCCAGCUACGUUACUGACGCUCAGACCGAGGCGAUCCAGGUCAAGCAGCGGGUGCAGGAUGGGGAGUUAUCUUUGUGA